CAGAUCCCAGCCCUCCCUCCGUUUCCCUGAGGGCCUUCAGGUGCUUAUCUUCCAAGGAGGCCUGGGGGGCGGGGGGCUAGUGCAAGGUGGUGGGGCUCUAAGGAUCUGUGACAUCAGAUGCCAGGGGUCUCCCCCAAGUCCUGCUCCCUCAUUCCUCAGAUGCUACUUAGUUGAAUGGAAAUGGGUCAGGUCCCGGCAAGGGAGGGGCUGCCCUCUCGCAGACAAGCUGCCGAAGCCAGCUGGAGCCCGGGGCUCAGAUUCCCGCCCGCCCGAGUGCGCCUUCGCCCAGCACUGCCAGGUCCCUCCCUGCCUUGGGCUCACUGGAGCAGGCAGGUGGCCAAGCCAAGGGACAGCGGGCAGAGGGCUGGGGCAGGUGUGUGACCAGUGCCUGUCUUUGCAAUAGCCGGGAUCUCUAACCUGCUUCCAGAACCGAGAGGGGGAGCAGCCCAUCAGCCCUCAGGGGGUCUGGCGGAACCCCAGCCCCGGUGGAGCCGCUGCAGCGCUGUGGCAGGAGCGCCGCGGACUGGGGGGAAGGGAGGAAGGAGGAGAAACAAAGGCGAGUGCGCCUCGCACCGCCCACCAUGUGUCAGUCAGAAGCGCGGCGAGGACCGGAGCGCCGUGCAGCGAAAUGGUGAGAUGCUGCCCGCCGCGUCCUAACCCUGCGGUGCCCCGCCGCGACCUCCGGAAGGUCAGAGUUCACGUCCAGCGGCCCCGAGGUGGAGGUGGCAGCAGGGGGCCAGGGGAUCAGCCCCCUCGACUGGAGGGGCCCGGCCCUGGGGGCCUGAGCCGCAGAGCCCGCUUCAGGUUGCACUUCCCCCAGCUGGCCCUGAGGCGGAGGCUGGGCCGGUGGAGCUGCAUGUCCAGACCCGCCCUGAAACUUCGCUCCUGGCCCUUGACUGUCCUCUACUAUCUCCUGCCCUUGGGGGCCCUCAGACCUCUCAGCCGGGUGGGAUGGAGGCCGGUGAGCAGGGUGGCCCUGUACAAGUCGGUGCCCACACGCCUGCUGUCACGGGCCUGGGGCCGCCUCAACCAGGUGGAGCUGCCACACUGGCUGCGCAGGCCCGUCUACAGCCUGUACAUCUGGACCUUUGGGGUGAACAUGAAGGAGGCCGCCGUGGAGGACCUACAUCACUACCGCAACCUGAGCGAGUUCUUCCGGCGCAAGCUGAAGCCGCAGGCCCGGCCCGUCAACGGCCUGCACAGUGUGAUCAGCCCGUCGGAUGGGAAGAUCCUCAACUUUGGGCAGGUGAAAAACUCUGAGGUGGAGCAGGUGAAAGGGGUCACCUACUCUCUCGAGUCCUUCCUGGGCCCACGCGCCUCCUCAGAGGACCUGCCCAUUCCACCAGCCACCUCCUUCAGGAACCAGCUGGUCACCCGAGAGGGGAACGAGCUCUACCACUGCGUCAUCUACCUGGCCCCUGGGGACUACCACUGCUUCCACUCCCCCACUGACUGGACGGUUUCCCACAGGCGCCACUUUCCAGGCUCCCUGAUGUCCGUCAACCCUGGCAUGGCCCGCUGGAUCAAAGAGCUCUUCUGCCACAAUGAGCGUGUGGUCCUGACUGGGGACUGGAAACACGGCUUCUUCUCGCUGACAGCUGUGGGGGCCACCAACGUGGGCUCCAUCCGCAUCUACUUUGACCAGGACCUGCACACGAACAGCCCGCGCUACUGCAAGGGCACCUACAACGACUUCAGCUUCGUGAGCCACGCCAACAAGGAGGGCAUCCCCAUGCGCAAAGGCGAGCACCUGGGCGAGUUCAACCUGGGCUCCACCAUCGUGCUCAUCUUCGAGGCCCCCAAGGACUUCAACUUCAGUCUGAAAGCAGGACAGAAAAUCCGCUUUGGGGAGGCUCUCGGCUCCCUCUAGAGUUUUUCUGGCUUUGGCGGCUUUCCAAACACACAACCACCACGGUCUUUUCAAGGGGGACCCCCUGUCCUGGGAUGGGGGGGCUUUCAGGAGGGGGCUAUCUCAGGGCCACAGGUUCUGACUGGGCAGGACCUGGGCUCCUCCUGUUCCUGCUGAGUCCCCAAGGUGCGGACCAGCGGUUCUUGACCCCUUUGAAAGGAGGUCAGCACCCACCACCUCCCCUUACCCUGAAGGAAGCGCAGGAGGGAUGAUUUUUGAAAUCCCUUUUGGAGAUUUUUUAACACAUUGUAUAAAACGGAGACCCUGUAUCUCCUGGCUGAGUGUCACUGGUCUCCUGUUCUAAAACAAGAGGGUCACGGUCCUUCUUGCUGCUCCCCCACCCCCACCCUGCGUGGGGCGAGGUGCCUGCUGGCAUUGACUGUGACCCCCGCUGCCCCCAGAGCAGGGCCAUACAGCCUUUAAUGCGAAUGCUUUGCUCCCAAAUUUGCCACACUCUGCUCGCAGGGAAAAGCUCGGUCUCUCCUCCUCUGGCUGAGCGUGGUGCCCUGCACUCUGCCAGUGUGGUGAUGGCGGCACAGACCCCACAGGUCCUGGCCAGUGACCGGAGCUGGUGAGUCUCGACCAGUCACUGCUCCUGGCGGGGGCCAGGGAGCGCCCCUAGAGCCAGCCCUAAGCCAGGUGAGGAGAGUGACUGCUGCUGACUCAGUCAGGCCUUGGUGUACUGGUUGGUGUCAGUGCCUAGACAACCUGUCCCCAGGUAUGCAGUCCUGGGGGUGCCGCUGGUGGGGACAGGACCAGGUUUCCUGGGGAUGCUGUGAAUUUCUCCUGCAGGAGAAGUCAUUUGAAUUUCUUCAACUGUAUCAGUAGCACAGUAUUUUUGUAUGAAAAGCGGGAGACUCCUGAACAGUGAUUCAUUUAAUUGCAACAUUUUGAAAUAAAAAAACCUUAUUGCA